AUGAAAUCCACCCUCCCCCGCAUCGCCUGCUUCCACGGCGGCGGCUCCACAGCCCCCAUCUUCAAACUGCAAUGCACACAACUCGAACGGGCCGUCGAAGAUGCCUUCAAACUGGUCUACUUCGACGGCCCAUUCACCGCCCCCGCUGGAGCAGGCAUCCUCCCUGCCUUCCGCGACUUCGCGCCCUUCAAAUCGUGGUUCACGAAAGACGCACACGGGGCCGACUACCCCGACGGAAGCGGGUAUGAUAGUAUCGGCCGGGACGGGGUGGAGCGGGUAUGGAAGAUGAUGGAGGAAGACGACAGCUCGAGCGGGUCAUGGGUUGGCGUGCUGGGAUUCAGUCAGGGGACGAGGAUAGCGAGUGGGUUGCUUCUUGAUCAGCAGCGGAGGAAGAGGAUGGGGGAGCUGGCAGAGGGCGGGAUCGAGUUGUUGUUUGGGGUGAUUUAUAUGGGGGCUUAUGGGCCGAUGGAGUCGGAGAUUGCGCAUCGGGCCUGCGACGACGACGAGCGGAUCUCCAUUCCGACAAUCCACGUGCACGGGCUCAAAGACGCCGUCCUCCCUCUCUGUCGAGAAAAUCUGGCUGCGUAUUUCGAUUCGUCGGCUGCGACGUUGUUUGAGAUCAAUUAUCACCAUGCGAUGCCGUGGGCGAAGGGGGAUGCGGUGGGGUUGGCGAAUCGGAUGAGAGAGAUGUAUGGGUGGGUGAAAUAG